GCACUUUCCCCAAAUCUUCUCCUCUCUCUCUAUCUCACUUCGAACAAUGAUUGUCUUCUUCUGAUUCUUCCAAUUUCAGAAAGAAAUUUGUUCACUAGAUUCUCUAAUUUAGUAUUUUAUAUCCUUAGAUUCUCUCUAUUUUUGAAUGGACAGAAUCUGAUUUAUCAUGAGGAAGAAACUUGAUACUCGCUUUCCUGCGUGAGGCAGUACCAUGAUGUGGUAUGCCGCCUGUGCUAGUCACCGUGGAUCAUUGUUGGAUACAUAAAGACAAAUAGGCCCGGAUCAAGAAAAUUAUGCAAGCCGAUGAGGAUGUCGGUAAGAUUGCAAUGGCUGUGCCUGUUCUAGUGUCAAAAGCCUUGGAGUUAUUUUUACAAGACCUUUGUGACCGGACAUAUGACAUAACUCUUAGAAGAGGAGCAAAGACUGUUAAUUCACUGCACUUAAAACACUGUGUACAAAGCUACAACGUGUUUGACUUUCUUCGGGAAGUGGUCAGCAAGGUUCCUGAUUAUGGCCAUUCUGAUGCUGCUGGUGAAAUGCCAAAAAGAAGGAAAGUUGCUAUAGAAGAACAUCAUGACAGUGAGGAUGAAUACAAAAAGAGCAGGACGGAGAUGUCUCCUGUUGGCAGUAGUGGUAGGGGAAGAGGUAGGGGUAGAGGAAGAGGUCGUGGUCGGGUAAGCCGUGCUGAUAAGGAGCUCUCACGACCUGAUAUGCAACUUGAAUCCUGCACUUCUGCUCAGCAGAGUGUUCAACAAAAUCCAAAUCCUGGAACUCAGACAGAGAACUGCUCAGAACCGAAAGAAUCACCUACACAGGAUUCCACUGUUUGUGACAAAGAAAACUCAGUUGUAACAACUCCUAAUCUGAAGGUCAAUGUAGAUGAUAAUACUGAUAAACCAGCUGCACCGGAAAUAGCACCCUGCAAUCCAUCACCAAGGCCUGUGAACGAGAAAGCAGAGGAAGGCCCUCAGUGGUCCCUCGAAAUGGACAGAAUGGUCAUUGACCCUGCUCAUAUGUCACAACUGAAUACAAGUGUAGCAGAAGAGGAAGAAGAUUAUGAUGAAGAAGAGUAGGCAGAUGAAAUAACAAACAAAUGGCCUAUUUGACAUAUGCUAUUUAUUGAUUACAGUUGCCUGUAGGCCUUGACACAAAGGGCCCUUGUGAUUUAUUGACAUAUUAGUGUCCGUCUAUUUCUUAGUUGUCUUUGUGACUUUAAGUCUUUGUAAUGGUCUCUAACCCUUCCCUUUUCCACUAGUAAUAAGUAGGAAGUGUGUUCGUUGCUCCAACCAGCACUCCAUGUAUCAAUUACUGUGUGAAAUUAGGUUAAGUCCAUUUUGAAUCUUCACUUUUUUUAUUUUAUAACCUAGAAAUCGACGCGGUAGCUGACUAAGUUUCAGUGUC